UUUGGGUAAAUUAUUAUGAAGUUUGAAAAAAUGAUGAAAAGAAAAAAAUUGUCUUUUAAUUAGUAUUUCUUUUUCAAAUAAAUGAUAUCCUAAUAUUUUUUCAUGUGUUCGAACAUUUAUCAAAUUAAAAGAUAAAAUGGAAUUUGAAAAUCCUAUAUUUUCUCUAAGACAAUCAGAAAUUUGUCGACUUUGUGGAUUAAAUAAUUCAUCAGGAUACUUAAUAUAUGAAAAAGAAGAUUCUGUAGAUCUUACUAUUGCCGACUUAAUCAACCGUUAUUUGCCGAUUCAGGUUUCGAAUGAUGAUGACUUUCCAAAAAAAAUUUGUGCAAAUUGUAAAUGUCAAUUAGACAUGCUUGUAAAGUUUAUAGAUGAUCUACUAGAUGGUCAGAAGUUUUUAAAUAAUAUUUAUGAAAUGAACAAUAUUAAAAAAUUUACAUCUGUAAACUAUGGAAAUAUUAACACAAACAAGUCAAAUUUAAACUUUCAAAAGAAUAUUAAAGAAAUUGAUGAGUUUGUAUGUGAAAUAUGUGGUUUAGUUUUAUACCAUAAAAAUGAUCUAAGAUUUCAUUUAAAAAAACAUGAGCAAUCCAAUAAUCACAAUCGUGAAGUUGUUUCAGUAGAUAGAUUCGAAUGUGAACAUUGUAAAAAAACAUAUGUUAAUAAAAAAGGACUUAAUACUCAUUUAUUAACACACCAAGGUGAAAAAAAAUUUGAAUGUAAAAUAUGUCAUAAAAAGUAUUUUCAAAAUGGAAAUUUACAAGAGCACAUGCGUAUUCAUACUGGAGAGAAACCCUUUAAAUGUGUACACUGCUCUGUCUCAUUCCGAACAUCAUCUCAAAUUAAAACACAUUUACGCUGUCAUAGUGGAGAUAAGCCGUAUAAAUGUACUGUGUGUGAAAGAUCAUUUCCCCAUCAUAACACAUUAAAAUUUCAUUUGAAACGGCACUUCAAUGACAGACAAUUUAUUUGUGAAUUUUGUCCAAAAAGUUUUAUUGACCGAACUGCACUUAUCAGACAUUCUCGAACUCAUACAGGAGAGAAGCCAUAUUUUUGUAAUAUGUGUAAUAAAGAAUUUGCUACAGUGACAAAUUUUAACAAACAUAGAAGGAUACAUGCGAGAGAUACAAAUUCAACUGUUUGGGAAUUAACAACAAAGUUUCGUAAAGGAAGUUCUGAAGUUGAUUAUGUAAGUGCAACUAUUAUUAAUGAUGAAAUAUUUGAAGAACAACAUAGAACUCAAGAUUUAUUUUUGGGACCUGACCAAGUAAAGGAUUUCAAUGUGGACUUACAAUCAAACAGUGAUAACAACUUGGAUGACUUAUUAAACGUGAAUUCUUCUUUUACAUCUCUUAACUCAAUAAGUUUCAGUGAAUCUAUUUUAGAGUUAGAUGAUAGUAAAGUUGUGACAUAACUAUUUUAUUAAUUAUUACCUUUAAUUAUAUUUUAUAAAAAUUAUUUUUGCUUGUUUAUUUUGAGUAUGUUUAUUUAAAAGUCAGUUUUUCUUUUAUUUAGGAAUAAAACAUUUUUUUUUUCAUUGA